ACGUCAUCACCACUACAAACUUGUAAAUACACAACUACGAGUACAGCAUCGCCUUCACCACUACCGAGCUAAUUUUCAAGCCUUCUGAGUAAUGACUUGACUUCAAUCUUCUUCAAAUAUUCAGCGUCUCAAGGUUCCAAAACCUUUGUCCGUUUUAGUAGAGUGGGAUUCAGGUUGAACCAAUCAUAAUGCGAAGAUGGAACCUCAUGAAGUCUUGAACGUAAUGGAGACGAAGCCCAAAGGCUCGGCAUCCCUUGCUGCUGUCGUGUCUGCUUUCGUUCCCACAUGGGUAACGGGUCUCAUCUUUGUGUCAAUAUUUAUCGUCAUUCGCCGCUGGUAUCCCAACAUCUACGCUCCUCGUACGUUUAUUGGGAGCAUACCCGAGAAAGACCGAACGCCUUCUGUGGGACGGUCGUAUUUUAAUUGGUUACAUACCAUGAGAAAGGUUCCUGAUAAGUUCGUUUUAUAUCAUCAGUCACUCGACGCUUAUCUGUAUCUCCGAUUUCUGAGGACCACUAUUUUCCUCUGUCUCGUUGGUUGCUUUUUCACAUGGCCUAUCCUCAUGCCUGUAAACGCAACCGGCGGGGGCCCCUCAACAGAACUCGACAAGAUAGCCAUUGGAAAUGUUAAGAAAAAGGGGCAUUUGUAUGCCCACGCGGUAAUGGCUUGGGUAUUCCUUGGCUUCGUCAUGUUCACGGUUGCCCGCGAACGCCUCUGGCUCAUUGGACUUCGUCAGGCCUGGACCUUGUCAAAGCCUGUCGCUAGCCGUCUUUCUUCCCGCACUGUCCUUUUCCUAUCAGCGCCAAGAGAUGCCCUCGAAGAAAGUAGUUUUCGACAAUUUUUCGGAGAAGAAGCUUUGCGUAUUUGGCCGGCCACGAAGAUCGAGGCACUGGAGAGUCUAGUAUCGAGCCUGAAGUCCAAGGUCGAACAGCUCGAGAUAGCAGAAAUGGCACUCAUACGCAAGGCCAAUCAAGCAAGGAGAAAGCUUGCAAAGAAACUUCGCUCGCAGGAUGGUAACCUAAGCUACGACGAGGUCGUUCCCGAUUCGGUUAUGAAAUCAAUCAGACCGAAACACAAGCCAAAUGUCUCUCCAUUGAAUGAGAAGGUCGAUAGUAUUGAGUGGUUGCGCGAUAGGAUCAAAGAGGACGAGGAAAAGAUCGAAAAUGCAAGAAGAUUGCAUGAAAUUGGUGAUACCAAGGGGGCAGCAGCUGUGUUCGUUGAGUUCAGAACGUGUGCCGAGGCUCAGAAAGCAUAUCAAAACGUCACCUCUAGCAACUUAUUAGCCCUUAAUCCUAGAUAUACCGGCCUUUCACCACACGAGAUAAUCUGGAAUAAUAUUGCUAUUCCGCCUGCUCGUCGCAUAUCCGGAGAGGGCACUGCCCUAGCCAUUGUCGUUGCGACAAUCGUCUUCUGGUCCAUUCCGAGCGGUAUUAUCGGCCUGAUCUCUAAUAUCGGCUACCUUGCUGAUACCUAUGAGUGGUUAAGUUUCCUGAAAAAUUUGCCAGACCCUGUUAUUGGUGUUCUAUCUGGUUUAAUUCCACCGCUGGCUACAAGUUGGCUAAGCAAGAUGGUACCGAAUAUAUUCAGGUAUAUAUUCAAGUCGUUCGGUAGCCCGACCAACACCGCUGCCGAACUGCGCGUUCAAAAGUGGUACUACAUAUUCCAAGUAACACAGGUCUUCCUUGUCACUGCAGUCUUCUCUGGGGCAGCACCUGUGGCAAAGGAGCUGAUGGACAGAGUCAAGGACCCCACUUCAGUCCCCGAGUUGUUAGCGAGACAACUUCCAAAGGCAUCAAAUUUCUACCUGACAUAUUUCAUAAUUCAGGGAACCACCUCGGCCGCUGAUAAUCUGCUCAAUUAUUCGGAUCUCCUAUCAUUUCUUUUCUGCGGUUACCUCUUCGAUAAGACGCCGCGACAGAAGUUCAACAGAUACACGAGUAUGAAAGGAAUUGCGUGGGGCAAGUUGUUUCCGAAGUUUGCCAACUUCGCAAUCAUCGCAAUUUCCUACUCCUGCAUCGCACCCCUAGUCCUCGGCUUCGCUACUCUCGGCCUGUCACUCUACUACUUCUCAUAUCGCUACAACCUACUGUUCGUGAUCCAACCAAAAAUAGAUACCAAAGGUCAGGCUUACACAUUAGCACUCGAACACCUUCUUACUGGUGUCUACAUCGCCGAAUUAUCUCUUUUGGGCCUCUUUGGUUUGAGGAAAGCAACAGGUCCAUCUAUCAUAAUCAUGGUUUUAUUCAUAAUUACUGUGCUUUAUAAUAUGCUAAUGAACAAGUACCUUGCGCCACUCGAGAAAUCUCUACCAACUGACCUUACUAUUCUAUCCGAGAGGGAUGACGAGUCGACGCCACUUCUAUCAUCUGCAGAGGAAGGACAAGCACAGACCAAUUCUCGUAUCCAACGGCUUGGGCAACGCGCACAUGUUCCGCCAGCCGUCGCGCAGCGCAUAUUAGAUCCAAUAGCCCGCUUUUUCGAGCCUCAAGUCUUCGCAUCGCAUCAGGCCAUGAGAGCAUGGCUUCAAGAAGGAGACACCUACGAUAACGAAGCGGACACACCGGUAUACACGGAAGAGCAAAUCAAGAAAGCAUACUUGAACCCAGCGCUUUCGAGCACUACACCUGUGAUAUGGAUUGCCAAGGAUUCUAUGGGAGUUAGCCGGAACGAGAUCACGGAAAAUGAGCAGAGGGGUCUGAAGGCUAGUGACCAGGGCGCCUGGCUCGACGAGAAGGGUAAGCUUAGGUGGAGCACUCAAGAUUUUAGGGAAGUGCCGAUUUGGAAACAAGGUAUCAUCUACUGAGAGUGAGGCACUGAUAAGGGGUCAAUCAUUUUUAUCAGAUGUUUGAUCCAUCAGAUUGAGAGAGGUUCAGGCAUUAAUAUAACC